UUUUGUCCCCAACGAGAGGGAACCCCCUCGCCCCUGAUGCCACCAGUCCCUUCCAGUAUGACUGGCACCACCUGCGCGUGGCAGGGCUGGUGGUGGCCGCCGUCCUCUGCCUCGUGGGCAUCAUCGUCCUCCUCAGUGGGAAGUGCAAGUGCUGGAGCAAAGCCAGCCGCCGCCGUCCCCCUCCGGAGACGUCCCACCUCGUUGGCCCCGGAGCCGCCAGCACGUGCUGAGGUGUCCCCACGUGUCCCCAGCCCCCGGUGGUGGGGGGGGGGAGGUUUAUUUUGGGGUGAACCCCCCCCCAAAAAAAAACUUACAAGAAAAGGGGAAAUUAAUAAUAAUAAUAAAA